AUGAGCCUGCUCACUGAAAAAAUCCGGAAUGCCCAUCACUACCGUGAAGUGGCAAAGGGUCACCCAUUUCCGAAAAAGGUCAAUGUUAAUGUGGAGGAGGUGGUAGUCGUGACAACGCCGGAUGGAGCAGGGGAGGGCUCGGCUGCAGAGGUGGUGAAGACUGUGCUGGUGGCUACAGAGCUGACCCAGGCAGGGGAGGAACUUACAGAUGGAAGCGUGGAGUCAGAAACUGACGCCACCAUCACUGUGACAAAGGAGGCAGUCCUAGUGAAGCUGUCAGAGGAGAUGGAUGUGGAAGCUGAUUUGGUCUACCCAAUCACUUGUGGGGAUGUGAAGGGCACCCUGGUCUGGAAGAAGUUUGUUUGCCCUGGCAUCAACAUCAAAUGUGUCCAAUUCAAUGAGCAUCUCAUCAGUCCCAAGGAAUUUGUCUAUCUGGCUGGGAAAUCUACAUUGAAGGACUGGAAGAGAGCCAUUCGUGUGAACGGCACUAUGAUCAGGAAAAUCAUGGACUCAGGCGAGUUGGAUUUCUACCAGCACUCCAAGGUGUGCUCCAACACCUGCCGCAGUACUAAGAUUGACCUGGUGGGGACCAGAGUGUCACUCAGCAGCCAGCAGGCCACCGAAUAUGUUCCUGUCACUCCUUCCUUAUCUGACGUGAACGGAUCACCGGCCAUGUUUCCAACAGAGGUAUCAUCAGACGACACCACGGAAUGGGUCACGGCUAUAGGAGAGGAUUCUGUGACCUUCUGGAGGGGUCUGAAGGAGGCUGGGUUGCUGGAGGAAGUGGUGGAGGACUUCCAGAAGGAGAUUCAGGAGGUGCUAAAGGGAAUGCAGGAGCGCAUCACCGAGCCUCCCCUGCAGGUCAAUGAUGCUGUGCUGCUGAACAAUAUAGUGCAGAACUUCGGCAUGCUCGACUUGGUUAAGAAGGUGCUAGCCAGUCACAAGAGCCAGAUGGACCGACAUAGGGAGCAGUAUUCACGCAGUCUUGUCGCUCUGGAGCAGCAGUGUGACGAGCACAGGAAACGUGCCAAGGAGUUAAAGAGCAAAUCCCAACACCUCAACAACGUCCUCAUGACCCUAACUCCCGUGGCCGUGCCGUCCACGCCCAAACGCCCACGCCUCACCCGCGCUGUCUCGGGCCCUGCCGUUAUGUCCAGUGCCCCCACCCAGAUCACCCUGCCUCUCACCCAGCUGGCAGGCCUGCCUGUUGGGUGCAAAGUGCUCUCGAUAGGGGGAGCCGGUGCCGGCCAGCAGACCUACACGGUGCUGACCUCCCCCACGGGCGAGCUGGGGCCAGAUGCCUCCAAUCUGACUGUACUCUCCACGGCCGCCGCCGUUCAGGAGGGUGCACCCGCACCAUCAGCCUUCGUCAAGAUGGUCAGCUCAGGCUAUCAGCUGAUCACGCUGCCUGCCGCGUUGAGCACCCAGAUACAGGGCCUGGCUGGGGGCACGGCCCAGGGCACCACUACCAUGAUGGCAGUACCUAUGGGUAACAACGCACUGCAGAGCACGGCAGCAGUGGUCACAGCAUUGGGGAGACGGGUGGAAGUUAAUGUGCAGGAGGGUGUGGCACCAGAGACUGAGGAGCAGGAGGCGAAGGAGACGAUGGAGAGUUAGAGAGAUGGACUCCUCCUGUAGUGUUAAAAACAUGUCGGGGACUCCUCACUGGUUUGGAGUGCAAGUACUGGAACCAGUGCUUAGGUCUAGUGGUGUUGAACUAUGAAGGACCCAUAUCAGUAAAGAUUACUUCAAAUGUAUAACUACAUGCACUGCUCAUUUUACUCAAAGCACACGCGUGUGUGUGUGU